AUGAACAUGUAUGUUCCUUACUUACUUGGCGUAGGAAGUCUUGCCUUUGCGACACCCAGUUCUAGUCAGCUUGGAACCGUCGGUAUCCUGGCUUCCGAUGGUCUGAACACACUGGACAACAGUACUGCGAGUGCUGCGUUAUUGUUAUAUGACCCAGUCACAUUGUCAGCAGCAAUCGAUUCAUGCGGGUCUCUGUCAGAGAAACUGUGGUCACCCUCUGACCUACCAUUCAAUGCCGGGUUGAACGACUCACUUGCAUACGAGGUGUACCGUAAGCGCCUCACAAGUCAUGGACUCUUGUGGAUUGAUCAGCCCCACUCGAGCUAUGAGUAUAAACAACCACCUCAUCAAGUACCAAGAUGUCAGGCAAUCGACGUCCACGGAAACAUCCAUCCUGUCAGCUGUAGAGCGAAACUUCCAGCUCUUUGCUCCCAAACCGCCCCAGCAUCCAACAUCACAUACGCGGACAACACCUCGAGAUAUCAGAUCGCCCAAUCUGUUGGCUCACAGUCGCUUGUCGGAUAUCGAGACUUUCUGACCUUCCGAUUCAUGGGAGUUCGAUUUGCUGCCGAGCCCGAGAGAUUCACCUAUUCUUCUCUUCACGAAGGAAGUGGGACCAAUGUUGCUCUUAAGCCUGCGCCCGAGUGCUUGACACUACCUAACAAUGGAUCUACCGAUUGUUUGUUCUUGAAUAUCUGGACAACAAGUUUGCCCGGUCCUUCCAUGAAGAAGGAUCUCAAGCCUGUGAUGGUCUAUAUAUACGGAGGUGGGUUCACGACUGGUUCCGCAAGUAAUCCUACCAAUGAUGGUGGCAAUCUCGCUGCACGCGGAGAUGUCGUGGUGGUUGAUAUCGCCUACCUUCUGUCCACACUUGGCUUCCUCGCUCUUGACGACGGCAUUCACAAUGGCAAUUACUUUCUCUCCGACCAGAUCGCUGGUCUGGAGUGGGUACAGAAGUAUAUUGAGCACUUCGGUGGAGAUCCCACGCGUGUGACGAUAUUUGGCGAAUCGGCUGGUGCUGAAUCUGUCAACGCUCUCAUUGCUUCGCCGAAGGGUAAAGACUUAUUCCACGGAGCUAUCUUGCAGUCGAACUAUUACCAGCCAUACGUUCCUCUAACUACUGCCAUCAACAAGACUACCAGACAAAUUCUCAACCUGACUGGCUGCGCUACAGUUGUCGACCAAUUGACGUGUCUGCAAGCGUACAAUGCGACUGCCUUGCUCGGUCUCGCGACUGUCUUCAACUACCCGGUCGUUGACGGUACAUACCUUGUGUCCGAGUCCAUUGAUCUCAACAGCACAACCAACGUCACUAAUCGCGUAUCGGUAAUGAUGGGCGUCAAUCGUGAUGAAGAAGGUGUCCUCGGAACCGUCUUCCCGACCAACGAUCUCACCACCGGUAUUGAUGACAUAGCCCACGCAAGUCAUCUUAACGCUUCUGCUAUCUUCGAAUCCCAUCUCUUUCCUGUUGGCACUAGUCGCACUGCGAAUGACACUCUGGAUGUUUUCAACACAACUACACGCAUCUCAACAGAUGCCUCAUUCCGCUGCGUCAAUCAGUUUGAAGCCUAUGCUGGCGUCAAGGAUGGCGUCCUGCCCAACAUCUGGUUCUUUGAGUUUAAUCGUACGUACCAGGACCCAGCCUAUAAUCCGAACUUGGUUUGCGCCGCUCCGGUGACACCUUCUCAUCCUUACGGUGACCCUUCACAAGAAUACUUCAAGUGCCAUGCUGGGGAUCUGGCAAAUACUUUUGGUAAUGUAGCUCGUGUGGGCUUUCCUGACCGUGAUGGCUUGGACGCAAAUUUCGGCCAGCUCAUUACUGAUUACUGGACAAGCUUUGCGAGAAAUCUUGAUCCUAAUCCUGACAUGGAGUAUCUCAAGGUGAGAGGAUACUGGAACACCAUCAACCAGAUCGAACAGUCAGGGCCUUGGGAGAAGGUAGACCCUGCACAGCCAAAGAUGAUGGAAUUGCAGUGGAACUCCGUCAUGAUGUCGUUCAGAGAUGUCGAGCAAUGUGCCAUCCUAGGCUUUCCCCUCAAUUAUCUGACACAAUGA